CAAGACUCGAGCGUGUUAUGUUUUUCUUUCUUAUCGCAAUCUUGCAAGAGCAGACAAAUUAGACGAAGAAGAGAAUGGGAAGCGCACCGGCACAAAUUCCGACUAGCUUUGGUCAUGAGCUGAGGGCUUGUCUUCGUUGCCGCCUCGUCAAAACCUAUGAUCAGUUUAGAGAGUCUGGAUGCGAGAAUUGCCCCUUCUUUAAGAUGGAUGAAGAUCAUGAGCGUGUGGUUGACUGCACUACUCCCAACUUUAAUGGGAUAAUUUCUGUCAUGGACCCAAGUAGAAGCUGGGCUGCUCGCUGGCUGAGAAUUGGAUUUAAGGAUUCUUGUGGGAGAACAAGAUUAUUUUUUAUACCGAGUCUGAAUACCUACAAAGUUAGGAGAUGCGGCGGAAGGAUUUCAGAUUGGUUUAAUGUUCUAUUUUGGAUUUCUGAUUCAGGAAGAUUUGUUCCUGGUUGCUACACUCUUGCUGUCUCAGAGGCACUGCCAGAGGACUUGCAGAAUUUAUGUGAAGAUGAACGUGUACAAUACAUUCCACCAAAACGUGUAUGAGUGUCCAGUUGAUUUUUUUUUUGUCCAUCAUGUUUAAGAAUGAGUUGAACACCCUCAACUUUCAGAGACCCACAGGUUGUCAGCUUUCUCGAGUGAAUGUGCAGUAGGUAUCUGGUGUAAGCUUACCUGGCUAGUAAUGCUGUAUGUACUUCAGUGUUCACGUCUUGUGGACAUGGAGAUUCUAGAUUCGGCUAAUACCUAAUUUGGAAGUUUGGUUUUUGUCUAGACAAUGACUUAUUAAGAAUUCUUUCAGAAAAUGGAUUUUCUUACUUUUGUCCUUUUCAUA